CCGAACCGACCGUGACGCAGACUGCGAUAGGACAUCCCCCGACCACCGGAGGAAGCCAACCCGGCUGGCGAGCAUGUAGACGCGGCUGUGUUUAGCCGGAGAUGGGCCGUGAAGACGCCGGAGGGGGGUCGAGGCUGACAGCGGCACAUCGCCACAUCCGCACCGGGAGCGCUACCGUCGAGCAUGGGUCGACUGCGGAGGCGAGCUUGCGUGGCUCUCUUCCUCUUCACGCUCUUCAUCUUCGGGGCCAUGAUGGCACUCCGGACCCUCAAACCCCGAGACGGCUUGUCGGAUCUGGUUCCCAACGCGCUGGAUCGGCGCUCCUCGCCCUCGACGUCGCCGGGCCGCCAGCGCACUAAAGCGGCUGCGGUGUCCAACGCGGGUCCGGAGGGGCGCAUCUUCGACGACGUGCACAUCUUCUACUACGUGUGGUACGGAACCCCGCGGGCGGACGGCAAGUUCGUGCACUGGGACCACAUCCUGGUGCCGCACUGGGACCCGAAGAUCGCCUCCAGCUAUCCGCGGGGGAGGCACAUGCCGCCCGAGGACAUCGGCUCCAGCUUCUACCCGGAGCUCGGCCCGUACAGCUCCAGGGACCCGGACGUGCUGGAGUCCCACAUGGAGCAGAUCGCGACGUCAGCUGCAGGGGUUCUGGUGCUGUCCUGGUAUCCUCCCGGGAUGGCUGAUGACAAUGGAGAACCCACUGAAGAUUUUGUACCAGCCAUACUGGAUGCUGCAUAUAGACACAAUCUCAAGGUUGCAUUUCACAUCCAACCAUACAGAGGACGCAAUGAACAGAGUGUACUUGAUAACGUCAAGUACAUCAUUGACAGGUACAGCGACCAUGCAGCCUUCUACAAGUUCCUGUCGAACACCGGGAAGAGCCUCCCUCUGUUUUACAUCUACGACUCGUACCUGACCCCUGCUGAGUCCUGGUCCCAGCUGCUGGUGCCCGGCAGCUCCCGGAGCCUGCGCGGCUCAGCCUACGACGGCAUCUUUGUUGCCCUGAUCGUGGAGGAGCGUCACAAGCAGGACAUAGUGUCCGGCGGCUUUGACGGCAUGUACACAUACUUCGCUUCUAACGGCUUCUCCUUCGGCUCGUCACACCAGAACUGGAAGGCGCUCAAGGCCUUCUGCGACGACAACGAUCUCCUGUUUGUCCCCAGCGUAGGGCCGGGCUACGUAGACACCAGCGUGCGGCCCUGGAACAGCCACAGCACCCGCAACCGCGUCAACGGCCGCUACUACGAGACGGCCCUGCAGGCGGCGCUGGACGUACGGCCGGAGGUACUUGCCAUCACGUCCUUCAAUGAGUGGCACGAGGGCACGCAGAUCGAGAGGGCCGUCCCCAAGAAGACUGCCACCAGGGUCUACUUGGACUACCGGCCACACGGGCCCGAGCACUACCUGGAGCUGACUAGACACUGGGCAGAGAAGUUCAACAAGGAGAAGGAGCAGUGGCUCAUGUGAAGAUUCCAAUCCCGUGCAGUUUGACUAACGGGUUUAAAAGGGACAAGUGGAGAGACCUGAACCUUUUUAGUAGAAAAAUCAUAUGAAAAGUUUAAGGUCUAGUUACAGUUAAAGCCAAAAUAUUUUUUUCUCACUGUAUGAAGUCAAAUCAGACCAAACCUCUCUUGUUUCAGGUCAGUCACAGGAUGACUAAAAUUCCAAUUUUGUUAAAUAGUAAGUUUCUUCCGCCUUUUCCUCAUUCGGGGUCGCCACGGCGGGACAUCUCAGAUGAACGCUCAUAUUUGUCUGGCACAGUUUUUACACCGAAUGCCCUUCCUGACGGAACCACUCUUGGGGAGUAGAGGCCCCAGCGAGAUACGAACUCACGACCCCUGGUUUACCAAACCAAUGCUCUAACAACAGAAUUUCUUGGAGAAUUUUGAUUAUUUUAUUCAAGGUCAAAAGUUUACAUACACAAAAACUACUUUCUUUAAAGUUGCUGUGGAAGCGCAGAUGUUGAGAUCAUGGCUUUGGAAGCUCCUGAUAAGAAAGCUGACAACAUUGAGUUAAUUGAAGGGACACCUGGGAUGUAAACAUCAAACACUCCACUUCCUUGUUUGAAAUAAUGGGAAAAUCAAAAGAAAUCGGCCAGGAAAUCUGAGAAUCGUGGAGCUUCAUAAAUCUGGAUCACCCCUAGGUGCAAUUUCCAGAUGCUUGAAGUUGCUACACUCAACUGUUCACACAAUUAUAUGAAAAUACGAGCAUCAUAGGAAUGUCCAACCAUCACACUGCUCAGGGAGGAGAUGAGCUCUGUGUCCCACAGAUGAAUAUUUUUUGGUCCGAAAUCUGCAAAUCAAUCCCGGAACAAAAGCUCGAGACCUUUGAAGAUACUGGAUGAAGCUGGUCAGAAAGUGUCAUUAUUCACAAUGAAAUAAGUCCUGCAGAGAAAAAGGCCAUUCACUGAGAAUGAAGAGAUUACUCCCAAAGAAACAUAGAAAAGGCAGAUUGCAGUUUGCAAAAAAAAAAAAAAAAAAAAAAAAAAACACCAAAACAAAGAUCUUAACUGCUGCACACGUUUUGUGGUUUGAUGAACCUAAAGUGGAGCUGUUUGGCCAUAAUGACCAUGGAAAAAGGAGGAAACUUGUAGACCUGAGAACACCAUACCAACUGUGAAUCAUGGAUAUGGCAAUAUCAUGUUGCAGGGCUAUUUUGCUGCAGCAGGAACUGGAGCUCUUCAUAAAAUAGAUGUCGUGAAGUAAGAACAUUUUAUGGAGAUAUUAUGGCAACAUCUCAAGACAUCAGCCAGGAAGCUAAAACUUGGGUGCAAAUGGAUCUUCCAAAUGGACAAUGAUCCCAACCAUACCGCUAAAAUGGUUCAAAGGUGCCUUGAGGACAACAAAGUCAAUGUCUUGGAGUGGCCAUCACAAAGCCCUGGCUUGAAUCCCAUUGAAAAUUUGUGAGCGUACGAGUGUGCAAGCAAGGCAACCCACAAACCAGACUCAGUAACACCAGUUCUGUCAAGAGGAAUGGGCCAGGAUUCCAGCAGAAUACUGUCAGAAGCUUCUGGAAGGUUACCCAAAACAUUGGACCUAAGUCGUGCAGUUCAUAGGAAAUCCUACUCAAUACUAAAGAAAUGUAUAUAAACCUUUGACCUCCAAGAAAAUGAUAGAACAUUCUCUGUCAUUAUUGUGGCAAUUACCAAAAUUAAAUAAUUUUGGUGAUCCUGACUGACCUGAAACAGCAGAGGUUUAUUCUGAUACGACUUCAGACAGUGAGACAACAAAAUGAAAUGUGUGUUUUUCCAGUGGACAUAAACCUCUGGCUUCAAAUGUAGAUGUCGCUUUCACAUUGUAUGUUUUUUUUUUCUUGAUUCUUAAAAAAUAUUUAGGUUUUUCUGUUUAAUUUGUCUCCCAGUUUUAAAUAAUUGUUUUUGAUGACUAGUUUUUGGUCGUAUCUUUUCUUGUAUAUUUUUUUUGUUGUGUACUAUUAUUCUCAUUCACUUUUUGGAGUUGUAUAUUGGUUUGAGAAUUUUUAUUUUGAUUAGUUUGUAUAUUAAUCAGGUGUUUUAAAAUGUGGGUUUAUUUUUAGUUUUUACAUUUUAGUUUAUACUAGUAUUUUCUUUUAGACUUCACAUUUUUUAAACUUUUUCAUGAAUUAAUUUUAGCUAUUCAUAGGCUUUAGUUUUUAAGAAUUAUGCUAAUUUUAUUUGCUUAUAUUAUUUUAUGUAUUUUUUUAACGUUUUCUUCUCUUUUGUUUAAUAUUUACUUCUUACUUUAUAUACUUUGUUUAGCUCCUCGUUUUUUUCAUUCAUCAAAUACUGCGAGAUUUGUGCUUGGUGGCCUCGUAUUAUAAGCGUCAACAAAUGUCAGCGGGGUCGGGAAUUGUCGGAUCCUAUUGCUUGUCGUGAGUUAUUUCCUGUCUGGCGUUACUAAUAGACUGUACAAUUUUGUUCGAUCCAAGAUAGCUUAGGGCUCAAUUCUGCCGACUAACUGACCACAAAAAUACAGUUAUACAACAGUGAACGUGGUCCUACUAAACUGUCGCAAGAACAAAAAUUCUUGAAUUUUACUACAACUAUGACACUGUUGCUACAGAUACGAAUAAAUAAAAUAUAUCUGACGGUCUUAAUUGUACAAUUAAAUAAACAUCAUAUUCAAUUCUCACAAAAUAAUUUCAGUUCUAAGCAAGAGCAGGUUUUGUUGCAGGACAGACAAGUUUGUUUCAUCCUAGUGGAUUGGUUUUAUGCCCCCCCCCCCUUUCCCCCAAAAAGACUGUUUAAAUUUUCACAAUAAAAAUAUUAACGUGUGCACGCACAUGGGGAAAAAGUUGAUGCCUGAUUUGACUUCCAAUUAGAGUAAGCAGCCAGACAUGUGACAAAUUUGAAUACCAGCUUUUAUUGUACGAGUAACAGCUUAAUGUUUGCAAGCAUGCAGAAUAAACCCAUUCAACUCCCUCAAAGGAAAGGUUCCCCUCAUCAUUUUUUAUGGUUAUAUAAAAAAAUGUAAUGAAAAGUCCUCAUC